AUGGACGUCCAGAAGCAACAAUUAUGCCCUCGGCUUGUGGACUACUUGACUAUCGUCGGGGCACGACCAUAUACCACUGGGAAGGGCAUGGCUCCAGUUCAGGCCCCAGAGCUGUUACGUCGCUAUCCGCUAACAAACCACGACGACUUUCCACUUCCGCUGGACAUGGUGUACUUCUGUCAACCCGAAGGUUGUGUUUCCGUAGCUCAGCGAAGGCAGUUGGCCCAUUUGUCGGCUAGAGAUACCACUUCCUUCGUCUUCACGCUGACUGAUAAAGAUUCAGGAAGAACGCGUUACGGCAUAUGUGUGAAUUUCUACCGAGCUGUGGAGCGGGCGCCCGUCCCAGGACCACGAGAUCGUGGUCUUCUGAGACGGGAGUCCUGGCGGAAGUCAAUGGAGAAAAGUUCAGACUCUGCGUUUUCCAGUGACUAUAGGAGCAGCAAUUUAGCGCCGAGUGAUUCGGAGAGAGAAUGCAGUGCACCGCGUUUCGCACCAGCUCCAGAUUCUGAAAGCGGUGGGGAACAUACCCCAAGCCCUAGAGCUACUAGGAAACGACAGCGUAUACGCAACCAUUCCUUAACCUCCCUCUGCCUCCUGUCCCAUCAUCCCUUUUUUUCCACGUUCCGCGAGUGCCUCUUCAUCCUCAAGAAAUUGAUCGAUGCCUGCAACGAGUCUUCCAGUCCACGGCGCGUUGGUGCGUCCAGACAAAUAUUUAGAGAUACAGUAUGGUCAGUAUUAACGGGCCAAGCGUACGACAAUACACCUACAAUAGUGUUACACGAUGUAAAAGAGAUAGAGACGUGGAUUUUGCGUCUUCUCUCCGCACCGGUACCAGUUCCGGGAAAAACAAGAGUGGAGCUAGAGGUUUUAUCGCCGACUGCGCAUGCGCCGCUAGUAUUUGCCCUGCCCGAUCACACCAGAUUCACCCUUGUGGACUUUCCUUUGCAUUUGCCGUUGGAAUUACUGGGUGUGGACACCUGCUUGAAGGUCCUCACGCUGAUAAUCCUGGAGAACAAAGUGGUUGUUCAGUCGCGUGACUACAACGCUUUAUCAAUGUCUGUGAUGGCGUUAGUCUCUAUGUUGUACCCACUUGAAUAUAUGUUCCCUGCAAUACCAUUGUUACCGAGUUGUAUGAGCUUCGCGGAACAGUUGCUAUUGGCGCCUACGCCCUUUUUGAUCGGAAUACCAGCGACAUUUCUCACUUAUAAAAAGAAUUUUAAAUUACCUGACGAUAUCUGGCUCGUGGAUUUGGACGCGACAAAACUCACCAGUCCCACGGGGGCUGAUCAAGAAUUGCCACCUCUACCGGAACCAGAAAGCUCAGUUCUAAAAAGCCAUUUGAAACAGGCUUUAAGCAGUCUUACGAGCUCAUCAGCAGAACAGGCUACUGCUCCAAUAAUGCCAUCUAGACGAGAUAGUGUUGGUGGUGCAACGCUCAAAGUCCACACACCGUCAUUCAAAGACAACACACACGGCUCUCACAGCACACCGGAAAGCCGGCGUGUGUCCGUGGGGAGUGCCACGCAUUCCCAGAGACAUUCUUUUGCAUCCGCCCAUACCCCACAAUCGCAACCACACUCUCCACAGCAGCCUUUCAACCCACUCAUAUAUGGAAAUGAUGUGGACUCCGUUGAUGUAGCUACCAGAGUUGCUAUGGUCCGGUUUUUCAACUCCCAGAAUGUGUUGGCGAACUUUAUGGAACACACACGAACACUGCGACUCUACCCUCGACCCGUGGUCGCCUUCCAAAUCAACAGCUUCCUACGCUCCAGACCAAGAACUUCAGCUUUUCUUAAUAAAUUUGCUAGAACACAGGCAGUGGAAUUCCUAGCAGAGUGGUCACUAACACCACACAAUGUAGCUUUUCUACGGGUUCAAACGGGCGUAUUUGACCCACGUCAAGUUGGAGACAAACCGAAGUGGUUCGCAGACACAUUACAACCAGUACGAUUUGCCGUUUGGGAUGAUGGGAGCUCACUAAAUGGCGCUUUACGACAGUUGCAGCGUCAGGAAAAUCAACCUACUGACGAAAGUGGUUCAGAUUCUGACGGCGCUGAAAGUACCAGCUCGUCGUAUUCGUCUCUAAGUGAUUUCGUUUCUGAAAUGGCAUCAUCGGAUCUAUCCCCAGGAGGAGGUAUGCAGCACGUUAUAGGUGAAACAUAUAACGCAGUAGUCCAAGUGCCGAUGACGCUUUCGUCGUCUUUGGAUCCUAAAACAGUGUACAGUCCACCCUCAUCACUAAUGUACGGUGAGGAAACUGAAGAACAAAAGGGUCAAGCGCGUGAGUCCACGUCUCCAUCACCAUCACCGUCCAGUUCAGAACACAGUGAUCUCUCUGAUGAUGAAGUGCCAGCCAAUACAGAUAUAGGGAAACCUACGCCUGUCAAGAAAAGUGACACAGACAGUGGUAGUUUCGGUCGCGAAUCCGACUCGAAUUCAACAACAACCCCAGCGACGGUGGUGCGCGCGAGACGCGAGCCAAGCCCCGCCCACGACAAUACGACUCAUGCGCGUACGCAGUUUGCUAACCGCACUAAGAGUUCUGGUGGUGUAUCUAGACAGGCGUCUCAAACUUCACUAUUAGAACAAUUUGCAGCUCAGGCCAAAGAGUUAGUAAGAGAGACAACGCGACAAAGUAGUCAGGAAGGUUUAUUGGCCCACAUGGAUAAGAAAGGACAGGAACACGGAGAAGAUAAGAAAAUAUUCGCUCCUUUUGAUAAGCUGACUUCGCACGCUAAAAAGGCAGCAGAAGAAGCUUCGAAAAGUGUUCAGGAAGCUUCGAAAUCUGCGCUGGAAGCGAGUAAAACAGCAACCGCGGUUAGCAAAAAUACUUUUGAAGAUCUUACGUAUGUUGGAAAGUCGACUUUGGGCGAUUUAACUAAAAGUGCAAAAGAAGUUGCGGCAAAGAAAGGUUUGCUUAAGGGCGAAAGCCAGGACGGUUCUGGGCCAAUGGGUCGGCGGGAGUCAGGUGCCCUUCAAACAACAACUCUCCUACAAACAACGCAUAGAGAUUUCUUCUCAAAUAUUAGUUCAGAUUUAAACGGACUUGCCGCUUCCACGUCUAGCAUGUUUAGUGAUUUCUUUGGAUCUAAAGGAAAACCAGUAAAGCCUCCCGAACCAACAGGCACGCAUUUGUCAGCAAACUUUGGUCCGUUCUCGCAAGGUGCCAGGGGCUUAGUACAACGCUCGCCCUUAAUUCGUCAUUCUGCGCCAACUUCACCAGCGCAAGCGCAGCCCCCAAGGUCACCUAAUACUGAGAACCAGGCUUUCCUUAAUGACUUGAUCCAACACGUCUUAGAAGGCGAAGGCGUUGGAUGGCUGAAGUUAAAUCGCCUAAAGAAACUGAUGGAAGACGAGUCGUACAGAAAUAUGGUGCUGAGCAAACUCAAUCGCAAUAUUAACAGGAAGACUACGCCCACGGAUAAAGUGGAAGAUGUGUUUGUAAGCAAACCAGUCUGGAAAGGGAUGUUAAAAGUCCUUCAAGCCGUGAUUCAUGGGUUAGAAUUCACGUACUCCAAUUUCGGAUUGGGCGGGAUGGCUUCAGUGUUCCAGUUGACAGAAAUGGCUCAUACGCACUACUGGAGCAAGGAAGUGGCUGGAUUGGAGCAAGGCGGGAUGGGAGGGUCUUCUCUUACUGAUUAUCGACAGGAUCUGGACACGCCCUCGACACCGUCUUCAAGAAAAAGCUCGCAAUCUGAUAUGCCAGUGCUUAACUACCCAGAAAUGGAUCCAAAUGACGCCCAGACUACAACAGAAAUCUUUAAGGACAUGUUGAAUUCAAAAAGAAAUCUACUAUUCAGUAAAUUAACAACGUACGAUUCCGAUGAUUGUAUAGUUAUAAAGAUGGUAGAACAUUUGCAUGUCAUUGUUGACUAUGCACUGGAUACCAGUGCGUAUAUAAAGGUGUUUAAUUGGCGACAGGUGCAAUCAGAGUGCUCGGUGGGCGAAGGCUCUAUCACGACCAACAGAGUUCUUCACGAACAUCAAUAUAAAUCAAAUCUCUCUGAUACUGACGUCAUGUAUCUUGAUGCCGGUCGCGGUGGCAAACCAAGAGCAGCGAGCGUUUUCUCUUCGAAGUCUGGUACAACCUUUAAGGCACCUGUUGGAGUACCAACCACUUCUCCUCUUACCUCACCUGAUACGGCUCGAACAUAUUUAUACCAGGGGCUAAUAGGUAAAGAAAGAUCUAACCUAUGGGACCAAAUGCAAUUUUGGGAGGACGCAUUCCUGGACGCUGUGAGCCAAGAACGCGAUAUGAUAGGAAUGGACCAAGGAGCGAACGAAAUGAUGGAACGUUACAAAUGUUUAAGUGAAACAGAAAGGAAGAGAUUGGAACAUGAAGAGGAUAGAUUGCUGUCAACGGCUCUAUACAAUUUGACAGCUGCUAUGGUAUUGUUUGGCGUUGAAGCAGAUAUUGUGAGGAACAAAGUGCGGAGGCUGUUGGCUAAAAGUCAUAUCGGUCUGGUUUAUAGCCAGGAAGUCAACCAUCUCCUGGAUGUGGUGCAUAAUUUGCACGGCAAUGACAUAGAGCUAAAAGCUUUGGGCUCGCGUCAGGCUCGUCGUGCGUCGUUCACGGUGCACGAACGCGACGCCAGUGGUCCAUUGCGUUUUAUGGAGGUUCGCACAGAUGGCCUUGUGUUACGCUCUACGCAAGGUACAAUCAUAGAAAGAUGGUGGUACGAGCGACUAGUGAAUAUGACAUAUAGUCCAAAAAUUCGCGUCUUAUGUCUAUGGAGGAAGAAUGGUGGCCAAACACAGUUACAUAAAUAUUAUACGAAAAAGUGCAAAGCACUGUACUACAGUAUUAAGGAGGCAAUGGAGAAGAGUGGGCGAAAACAGGAAGCAGCGGAACUGGGUGGAGAGUUUCCGGUCCAAGACUGCGCUUCAGGAGAGGGGGGACUCAUACAGGUUUGCAUGGAAGGCGUCGGGCUACUGUUUCAUCAUAGCAAGUUCUUUGUGAGGCUGGAUCACAUCCGAAAGUGCUUCACACAGAACGGAGGUAUCUUCGUUUUAGAAGAAUUCAAUCCCAAGACAAGGCAAAUAACUCAAAGAAAGUACAAAUCAGUAAUGGCGGACCAAAUUUGUUACGCGGUUCUGUGCGUUUUCUCAUACUUCGCAGCGGGGCAGGAACAGAAAAAGGCGAUUCUGGAGCAAGCCACGAAGAUACCGCCUUCACCACAGCAUCUAUCUGGUGCUACCUCGCAACAGGUGAAGUCUGAAUCAGACAGAGACAGAGAAGAAACAUUUUCAAGGGAUUCAGAAGCAAGUCGUGAUCGUCCACGUGUGCCUCCCGACAGGCAGACCUCACGGACUCUGCCUGAACGGCCUCAUCAGGCUGAAUUUAAGUCUGAAAGAACUGAUAGGCCUCCAGACCGGAAUUACCCUGAAAAGGCCUCUGAUAAGUCUUACCAAACUCAAAGGACUCUACCAGAACGGCCUGAUGCUAAAACUGAUUACGUGACAUCCCGUGUGGGCCAGAUUGAAAGUAUAGAAAGGCGAAGUGAGGUUAGGGAAAGUCCCGAAAGAGACAGCAACAGUAUUCGCAAGGAGAGUGAGCGAGAUAGAGUGCAUCGUACGGAGAGCCUUCCCCCUCGCCGCCCCCCACCUCCGGCGCCCCAACAUCGACUAGCGAGAACUAUGUCGCAUUCAUCGCCACCCAAAAAUCAUGAUCCGCCGACGAUACCACCACGUGUUGGGGCCAGUGUGGUACCGAGUGCGGGCCGCGGUGUGCCGCCGGCGUUACCGCCCAGGCAAAUGUCCGCCGUCGAAUUCAACACCUCACCCAAAUCGUCACCACAGCGCCGGGCACCUGCCCCCCAGCGUCAAGCGUCAACGUCAGGCUUCGCUCAGAGCAACCCCUUCGCAGCUCCCCCCCACCACGAGUUCGUCAUUCCCCCUCGCCCCACUCGUCGCCCCUCCACAGACCGCACUUAG